CGAGGUCGCUCCGCCCCCCGCCCCUUUCACCGACGACGUUGCCACCGUGCCGUCACGUCGUCUCCUCUCCUCCGAUCCAAACCCCAACUUUUUUUUUGAGUUUUUUCGCCCCGAAAACCCAGCAAAAAUUCAAAGCCCCCUGUGUGCGGGUGGGUGGGUCCCACCUCGUCGCAUGAAUCCGCCCCGUUUCUAUUUGAGCCGAAGAAGUGGCUUUCCUCGUUGCCUUGGCCUCUGAUUGCGUUGCGCCUUUCGUCGUGCCACGGCGUAACGCCACGCGAAGCUUUUUUGACCUCGCGCUUUUCCACCGCGAACCCGAGGGGCUCGCGCGGGCUUUCCACAAUCCGCAUGGACCUCAAGGAGCGGAUCCGCCGCUCGCCGACGCCUCCGACGCAGGGGGAGGAGCUACUGGCGGCGUCGCCGGCCGGGCCGCGCGGCGGGAGGAAGGGACGGGCGGUGGUGCUGCCGCUGUCAGCCGCGGCGCUCGUGGCGUGCGCGGUCGUCCUGCUCCUGCUCGCCGGGGGCUCCGCGGCGCGGAGGGGACAGUUCGUCGGCGCUGAUCCUACCGUCCUCCCAUCACGGGGCGGUGGCGUUGGCGACUUGCACCUGUCCCAGUCGAAAUCGAACGAUGGAGAAAAUGUCACUAUAGCAUCUUCGGAAGUUGUCAACGACAAACUACUGGGUGGUUUGUUAACUACUGGAUUUGAUGAACAAUCAUGUCUAAGCAGAUAUCAAUCUGUACUAUACCGUAAAGCAUCAUCCCAUUUUCCAUCUGCAUAUCUUCUGGAGAGACUAAGGGAACAUGAGGCACUUCAAAAGAAGUGUGGUCCACAUACUGAAUCAUACAAGAAAGCUAUUGAGCAGCUAAAGGCUGGACAGGGGGCUAAGGUUAUGGAGUGCAACUAUUUGGUAUGGGUAGCUUACAGUGGUCUGGGGAACAGGAUCUUGACAAUGGCUUCAGCAUUCCUGUAUGCUAUCCUCACUAGAAGAGUUUUACUUGUCGACAGUGAUAAAGGCACUGCAGAUCUUUUCUGUGAACCAUUCCCUGAAACAUCAUGGUUACUACCGCCAAAAUUCCCUAUUAAGCAGUUCAAGAAUUUCAGUAAUGGUUCUCCUGAGAGUUAUGGAAACAUGCUGAAAAACAAAGCUAUUCGUUCUAACCCUGCUUUUCUUUAUCUUCAUAUGGCUCAUGAUUACAGUGACUAUGAUAAGCUAUUUUUCUGUGAAGAUAAUCAGCAAUAUCUUCGAAAUAUCCCAUGGCUGAUCCUAAAAUCAGAUAAUUACUUUGUACCAUCACUUUUCCUGAUUCCAGCAUAUCAAGAGGAACUCACAAGGCUUUUCCCUCAGAGAGAUUCCGUUUUCCAUCACUUGGGACGUUACUUGUUUCACCCUAGCAAUGUUGUGUGGGGCAUGGUCACAAGGUAUUAUGAUUCUUAUCUAGCCAGAGCUGAUGAAAGGCUGGGUAUCCAGAUCAGAGUCUUUGAUCCUGAACCAGGACCAUUUCAGCACGUCUUGGAUCAGGUUCUUGCAUGCACGCUAAAGGAAAACCUAUUGCCAGCAAUCAACAGUAAACAGCCAAUUGUCUCAACAAGGCAUUCUAGAUUAAAAUCUGUCCUAAUCACUUCUCUGAAUUCAGGAUACUAUGAGAAGAUCAGAAGCAUGUACUGGGAACAUCCAACCACGAACGGUGAGAUGAUCAGCUUCCACCAGCCAAGCCAUGAGGAACAUCAGAACUCAGACAAGAAAAUGCAUAACAUGAAAGCAUGGGCUGAGAUUUAUCUGUUAAGCUUAUCUGAUGUUAUGGUCACCAGUGCUUGGUCAACCUUUGGGUAUGUUGCUCAGGGUCUCAGUGGUUUGAGGCCAUGGCUAUUAUUCAAGCCCGAAAACCGCAUCGCACCUGAUCCACCUUGCCGUCAAGUUUUGUCCAUGGAACCUUGCUUUCAUGCUCCACCUUUCUAUGAUUGCAAAGCAAAGAGGGGAGCUGAUACUGGAAAGUUUGUCCCAUAUGUAAGUCAUUGCGAAGAUAUGAGCUGGGGGCUUAAGCUAGUCGAUCAGAGUGAGUGGUAGAUGUAGUGUCCUUUAUUUUGUUCAGUUCAUAUAUGUACAGUAUGUGCCAUUUUUUUUAUGAUAUAGGUUACCUUGUAUCUAAGUUAUAGGAAAGCCAUUUUUGACAUGGUUAACACAAAUGCAGUGGUUUGAACCACUGCAUUUGUAUACAUAAUCCCAGUGAUGUUCUUGUGAGAAA